UCGAUUCCAUUCAGUUGUUAGACAGGGCACCAUUAUUGGACCUUUCAUGCAAUUGACUUUCCUUUGAACAAAACAUUGAACUAUAUUAGUCAAGAUGUGGAAACUAAGACCUCCCCUUGAGAUGCCACUGGCCACAAAGUACAAAUCUGUUCUAGAGCAGAGGAUGCCGAAGGAUCCCAUGUCUUUAAUCAAACUGAAGAGACUGUCCCCUGAGGAAGAAUUUCCGGACCUGAACAGGAACUACACCUGUAUGGCCAGGAUCCUAACUCUGCAGAUGUAUAAGCGGCAAUACGGGAGAGCCUCUGAGAGCGGCUUUACAUUCGAUGACGUCAUCCGUCCUGGCUUGGAAGACCCUGGUGGCCCAUGUUCAGAGGCUGUGGGCUGUGUGGCAGGAGAUGCUCACUGUUACAUCAUUUUCUGUGACUUUUUUGACCGCAUCAUAGAACUCUAUCAUCAUGGCUACAAAAUGACUAUGGCUCACAAGAGUGAUUUCAACUAUGAAAACCUUAAGGGUGGAGAUGACUUUGACAGCCAGUAUGUGUUGAGCUGCGAGGUUCGUGCUGGGCGGAACGUGGAGGAGUUCUCGUUUCCACCGCACUGCAGCAGAGGAGAGCGUCGCCAGCUAGAGUCAUUGGCAAAGCAAGCCUUUACACAACUGAGCCAAGAGUUGCCAGGCACUUACUAUUCACUGAAGGACCUUUCAGAGGACAGACAGGAGCUGCUUGAUGCUGGGGUCUCAGUGGACAGCCCGUCUCUGGUGAUGAUGAAGACUGGAGUGGCGCGAGAUUGGCCUGAUGCCCGAGGUGUUUGGAUCAGUCAAGAUACAAAACUGAUUGUAUGGAUUAACAACGAAGAUCACCUUCAGGUAGUAUGCACACAAAAAGGAUGUGACAUAAGAAAGGCCUUUGCACUGGUCUGCAUCAACCUCGGGAGGCUAGAAGACCUCUAUAAGAAAAUGAAACACCCCUUCAUAUGGAAGGACCACCUGGGAUACGUGUUGAGUUCCCCAGCUGAAGUGGGCACUGGACUGAGGGCCUGUUGUGACGUGAAGCUGAGCCACAUCCACAAGCAUGACAAAUUUGAAAAUAUAAUGGAGAGACUGCGUCUACGUAAGAGUGUCAUUGGUGCAGUGGGUAGCAGUGUCUAUAAGAUUUUCAAUGCAGACACUAUUGGUUUCACUGAGGUGGAGCUCCUGCAGUUGUUAGUGGAUGGAGUAAAACUCUUAAUUAACAUGGACAAGAAUCUUAAGCAGGGCAGCACUAUUGAUCACCUCAUGCCUGCUCCAAAGUAGAAUGCAAUGAAGCAUCAGCGAAACACAAACUGCUGACUUCAUGUAGAAGAAAGUGCAAUAAUGUUUUGAUUAAACAAUUCGAUUUGUAAUAAGAAUAGAAAAUCUC